UUUAGCAAAUUAAAUCAAUUCGUGCAUUAAGGAAAGGAAAACAUUAACUGAAUUUGUUCGUCAUGCGACGCUGCGUGGUUCAUAAAUAUACAUCGUUAAUUUUAUUAAUCACAGCUUAUACUGUGAACGCAAUUGGUCAACACAUUGCAUCCGAAAUUGGUAAACCAAGAAAUGAUAAUCCCAAGGAUCUUCUUAUUAUUCUUGUGUCACCAGAAGCGAAGUUUAAAACAUCUGACGUAGACUUUGAUGAUACUUCUAGUGAAUAUAAUGAGGAUAGUUCACAAGAAGAAGAGUUGGAAAAUAUAACUCCCAAAGAAGAUGAAGCAUAUUUUCUAUAUCAUAUAUUACGUACGACUGAAAACAGUCAGCAAAUUGAUAAUAAAACAGCGUCUACAAUAAUGCGAACUAAAGAAAUUCUACAACCAAUAUUAAGAUCUAGAUGCAAGAAACUUGAAAAUUGUAAGAAGAACUGUCCCAGGAGAAAGAAAUCGCUUUGCGAAAAAAAGUGCAUUAUGAUGAUUGACAUAUUCAUUGUAUGCCAAAUGAAACCGAAAAAUAAAUGUAAAAAGAAAUGCGGCAAGACAAUGCCACCAGGAUGGCGUUAGAACCAACGCUGAAUACAAUAACCGUUUAUAAAUCGAAGAACAUCAGAUUAUUUUGUAUUAAAGUACAUAAUGAUGUUCCUCCAAUCGUAAAAGGUUUUUCUAUAAUUUUUAAUGCAAUUGAUUUCAAUGCAAUAAAAACUCCUUAUACAUCAUUCAAACUUUCGUAAGACAUUAUACUAAACUGAUAUAUAAACACG